CGGAAGACCAGUCAGGUUUAUGGCUGUGAUGAAGUAGGCUUCAAGAUGUUAAAAUGUAUAUUUUUGCUUCUCAUUAGAAUAUACAGUACUGCUGCGGUGACCCACUCCCUGAAGUAUUUCUACACGGGAUCGUCUCAAGUCAAAAAGUUCCCGGAGUUUGUGGCUGUUGGUUUGGUUGAUGAUGUUCAGAUUUUUCAUUAUGACAACAACACCCUGAGAUGUGAACCCAAACAGGACUGGAUAAAGGAGAACACUGAUGUGCAGUACUGGGAGAGCGAGACUGACAUCCUUCAUAGUUACCAGCAGAUCUUCAAAGCCAACAUUGAAAUAGCAAAGUCACGCUUCACCCAAACUGGAGGUGUCCAUGUUUUCCAGCAAAUGUACGGCUGUGAGUGGGAUGAUGAGACCAAGGAGGUUACUGGCUACUUCCAGUAUGGCUAUGAUGGAGAAGACUUCCUAAUGAUGGACAUGAAGGAAAACAGAUGGAUCACUCCAAAACAACAGGCUGAAAUGACUAAAGACAGAUGGAACAAUAACAGAGCUCUGCUGGAGAGGGACAAGAACUACUUCAACCAGAGAUGUCCUGAAUGGCUGAAGAAGUAUGUCGACUAUGGGAGGAGCUCUCUGAUGAGAACAGAUCUUCCAUCAGUCUCCUUCCUCCAGAAGUCUUCCUCGUCUCCAGUCAGCUGCCACGCUACAGGUUUCUACCCCGACAAAGCAAAGAUGUUCUGGAGGAAAGAUGGAAAGGAGAUUCAUGAUGGUGUGGUCAAAGGAGAGAUCCUCCCUAACAAUGAUGGGACCUUCCAGAUGAGCGUUGACAUCGAUCUGUCAUCUGUUGCACCUGAAGACUGGAACAAGUAUGAAUGUGUGUUUCAGCUCUCUGGAGUCAAAGAAGAUAUCGUCCAUAGACUGGAGAAAACAGGAACCAGGAGCAAUGAAUCAAAUGGCAACAUGUGGAUCAUUGUUGUUGUUGUUGCUGUGGCUGUUCUUGGUGUCAUUGGUGUGGUUGGUUUCAUCAUCUACAAAAAGAAGAACGCCAAGCGUCCACCUUCUCCUGUGGAGAACGCUAGACCCCUAGAGGAAACCAAGUUUCUCCCAGAAGCCUGAAAAAACAAACAGAUGAACACAAAAACGUGCAUGAAGUUUACAUUGGACACACAACACCAUUUUGUCAUUAAUCUCAUAUUUUAAGAGAUGUCUUAUGUAUAUGUAU